AUGACUCAACUAAAAGAAACGGGCAAAAGCUUAUACAAUCGUGUUGAAAAACUCGCGCUUUUCCUACGAAGCUACCCAACCAGAGCUUGUUUUCUCACUGUUAACGCUGAUUCACGGUGGUGUCGUCUAGUUGGCAGCGCGUUCGAGCGUCCCAUGCUCCGACGGGGGGCCCCGCCGGAUAUCAUAUCCGGCACGCUCUUAAAUAGUGCAAAUCCGGCCUUGUCUGCAUCGAGUAUACGCCACGAUCGCACUAUGACUAGCGCGAUCCGGGUUGUGUCUGUGUCAGUGGCAACGCGAUUUAUGCGGCAACGAGGCAUCGAGGGAGACAUCGAGACACAACGCGACGCACGGCGACGACGACUACUACUACCAGUGGCUACGUUAGGUACGUUGCUUGAUACAGUCACGUUACCCGGUUUGAUACCCCAGGCCACGUUUCAGACUGCCGCGGGCAGUCGCAGACAGUAUUGUAGCUUGCCAAGAGUUACUUGCGGUGUGUGGGCGUCCGGGUGCACGGUUGGAACUACAAGAAGGUGCAUCGGUUUUGACACAUUUUUCCUCUGCACGUCAGGAACGAGCCGUUCCCAGAAUGGGAAUCUAAGGCGAGACGCAUUUGAAAGGUGUGUGGGUUUGUGGGGCGGUGUAUAUUUUGUAUGA